AUGCCAAACUGGCCCUUAGUCUUCUUCAUUGCCACAGUUGUAUCAACAACUCAAGGUUAUGAGCCACUUGUAACCCACCAUAUUCAUCUCCUCAGGCCAAAAUCCGGAGCAGGCGGUGACACCGUUCCUGGCGCGUCGUGCUUGAGUUGGAGAUUUGGGGUGGAAACUAACAACAUUAUUAACUGGAAGACUGUUCCAGCAGAAUGUGAGAGCUAUGUUGGGCACUACUUGCUUGGCCACCAGUACUGGAAAGACUCAAAAGUGGUCACUAAUGAGUCUUGGCUCUAUGCUAAGAGUCUCAAUCUUACAAACGAUGGCAAAAAUGUGUGGGUGUUUGAUAUAGAUGAGACUACACUCUCUAAUCUACCUUAUUAUGCUGAUCAUGGAUUUGGGACGGAGUUAUACAAUUCCACUGCAUUCAAUACAUGGGUCCUAGAAGGCACAGCCCCAGCUUUGCCUGAGAGUCUCAAGCUCUACAAGAAGCUUUUGAAACUUGGAGUCAAGGUUGUAUUCAUAACAGGAAGAGGAGAAGAUCAAAGAAAUGUCACAACCACCAAUCUCAAGAAUGUCGGAUAUCACACUUGGGAGAAGCUUGUGCUCAAGGGAUCGACUUAUUCUGGCAACACAUCAUAUGUGUACAAAUCAGCAGAGAGAACUAAGAUUGUGAAGAGUGGAUUCAGAAUAAUUGGGAAUAUUGGCGAUCAAUGGAGUGAUAUCUUGGGGACAAACGUCGGCAAUCGGACCUUCAAGUUACCUGAUCCAAUGUAUUACAUUAGUUGAAUGUCUUCAUUAAGGUUUCCUAAUGAGCAAAUCAAAAACCCAAAAGGUAGCAAUGCUUUCUGUUUACAGCUAGCACAUGAGUGAAUUUUGAUUACAGCUAGCUACAAUAAGUUAAAUUUUAUCCGAUGCAAGAGCAUCUCCAAUGUUGGGUUAUAAAUUUGUAAACUUUGCCGGAUUGAGAUUGAGAUAAGAGAAUUCAAUCCAACGAUUGAAGAUGAGAUGAAAUUUUAUUAUGUCGGAUCUUGA